AUGGCAAGUUCGGACAAUUUCAACCCGCCCUACCCCGACCUUUUUACCAAAUCUGGAUCCAUUGUCAAACUUGAUGAACAAGAGAAACUGAGUUUGUUUACCGUGUCCUGGCUUGAGGCACAUGCCUAUACGUUUCCGUCAAGGCUUAUUGGUGGUAAACUCAGAGCAUUUAACGCAAAGUGGUUGAACGACUUCCCGUGGUUGAGGUACUCAGUAAAUAUGGACUCCGUGAUGUGUGCCCCUUGCGUGAUCUUGGAUACAAGGAAGACCAGAUGUUUUUCCACGCUCCCUUUUAAUGAUUGGAAAAAUUUGUCAGCCAAUGUUAAUCGUCAUCAUAUAGACAAAGUCCACAGAAAUUGUGUCGCUAUGGCGGAAAAUUUCGUUGAUGUCAUGAAAGGGAAGAAGGAGUCUAUUGUCUGUAAGCUAUCUUCGUUUACCAAGGACUUGGUAAAAAGAAAUAGACAUAUUCUUGGACAGAUAAUAAGAGUUAUUUUGUUGCUUACCAAACAAAACAUACCCGUUAGAGGCCACACGGAAGAAAGGAGUAAUUUUAUGGCGGUUCUCCAAUCCCACGCGUUAAACGAUCCCAUACUCGCAGAUCACCUCCGAAACGGAAAAGAAAAUGCCAAAUACACAUCGCCUGAUAUACAGAAUGAGAUUAUUACGUUAUGUGCCGAUCACGUUCUUCAGUGUAUCCUCACACAGUGUAAAGAAGCCGGAUAUUUCGCCAUCAUGGCCGACGAAGCUACCGACUGCUCCACAAAAGAACAGUUAUCUAUAUGCAUUCGCUUUCUUACAGUCAACGAAGGACGUUAUGAGCUUAAUGAAAAAUUCAUUGGCUUUGUUACUUGUAGAUCAAUUAAGGGCGUUAAUCUUGCUGAGGCCAUUGUAGAGUAUCUCCAAGACUGUGGAUUGGACAUCUUGAAACUGCGUGCCCAGUGCUAUGACGGAGCGGGGAACAUGGCAGGAAAAUACAAUGGAUUUCAAGCACUGAUACGGGAACGUGUACCACUUGCGAGCUACGUACAUUGUAAGUCUCACUGUUUGAACUAG